AUGCAGGGCAACGCGGCCAUCGCGAUAAUCCUCGCCUGCAUCCUCGUCGGUUCCCUCGGCCUCUACUACGCGCUGAAAGCCGCAUGCCUGACACUCGCUUACAUGACAUGGAAAGUGGGUCGGAAGGAGACUGUGGAUGUUGAAUUGGUGCCGCCUUCUUCUGCUUGA